GUGUGUGUGUGUGUGUGCGUGUGUGUCGUCAGGGACUGCUGUCUGAGAGGGCUGUACUUGACGGGAGGAAUGGAGGUGUGGGACAGCUUAGAAGAAGGAGGAUUGGAGGUGGAGGCCUCAGCAGACAGCCCACCCUGGUCCAACAACUCCAGACACCUCUUCCACAACCCCAACGUCACGGCCAACCUCACCUACUUCCCUUACUACCAGCACUCCCUUACGGUUGCUGCCAGUUUCAUCCUGGCCUACCUGUUCAUCUUCCUGCUGUGCAUGGUGGGAAACGUGCUGGUGUGUAUAAUCGUGCUCGGGAACCGGCGCAUGCGGACCGUCACCAACCUGUUUAUCCUCAACUUGGCCAUCAGCGAUCUUCUGGUGGGAAUCUUCUGUAUCCCCACCACACUGGUGGACAACCUCAUCACAGGCUGGCCAUUUACCAACACAGUGUGCAAAAUGAGCGGCCUAGUACAGGGGAUGUCUGUGGCAGCCUCAGUCUUCACCUUGGUGGCCAUAGCCGUCGACAGGUUCCGUUGUAUAGUGUACCCUUUCCAGCCUAAACUCAGCCUUUUCGUGGCCAAGGGGACCAUAGUGAUGAUUUGGGUCCUGGCUGUGGUGAUCAUGUGUCCUUCAGCGGCCGCGCUGACAGUGGAGGAAGUACCUUAUCACUACAUGGUUUCCAACCGAGAAUCCAACGUCACCUACCCCCUGUUCACCUGCUACGAAAAUUUUGCCAACCCCAAGAUGCGGAAAAUCUACACCACCGUGCUUUUCGCUCAUAUCUACCUGGUGCCUCUUACCCUCAUCACCCUGAUGUAUGGGCGGAUCGGGGUGAAGCUCUACACCUCGGUGGUGUCCAACAGGGAGCCCCAGGACACAGCUGUCCAGGGGCCCUCUGGCAGGCAUGAGGUCCGGCCCCUAAUCUCCCAGAAAAAAAUCAAGGUGAUCAAGAUGCUAAUCGUGGUGGCCGUGCUCUUCAUGGUGUCCUGGCUGCCUCUGUGGACCCUCAUGCUCAUGACCGACUACUCUGGUCUGGACGGGGACCAGUUGGAGCUGCUGACGGGCUACAUGUUCCCCUUUGCCCAUUGGCUGGCCUUCUCCAACUCCAGCGUCAACCCCAUCAUAUACGGCUACUACAACGAGAACUUCAAGAGGGGCUUCCAGGCCGUCUGCCAGCCCAACCCUUGCUGCUGCCCGGGGGGCUGGGAGCUGGGGUGCAGGAGAGCCGGGGAGGGCCAGACUGGGGCUGGGGGCAUUGGGGGGGGUGCCCUUAGAGAUGGUACCACCAACGCCAACCCCUUGGUGUUUGGUGCCAGGAAUAAAGUUUACACGGACGGCAAUCCAACGGAUACGGUGCGUCUGGAACUGGAGCUGAAGAGGAACUCGAGGGUGGGCUGUAUCGUCCACAUGGACGCCAGCGGGUCAGAGGGCAGCUCCGGCGUGGGCAGCGGGGGUCACAAGAGAGGGUUUGGUCUGGAGGAGGCGAACAGGAUCAGCCCGCCUGGAGUAGCAGUCUGCCAGGCCUGGGAUCAUUAGAGAG